UGAAAAACUGAAGCACUCUGUAGUCUGUAUGGCAAGCGGUGAGUCAACCUCGCGCACUGUUUCUGCCUUGCAUCCUCGGACCGCCUCUCCUUGUCGCACUCCGAUUCGCGGGGAACAGAUCAGCGGUGGGAUGGCGUCGACCGGCGGGGGGAUCUCCGACGAAGUUCCUAUCUUCCAUGCGGAGAAUCUCACCAGCAACGUUAAAUCCAUCAACUACAGUCGUACGUUUUUGUCAAUCAUUAGUGGAGUUGUUGCUGGAAUCUGGGGAUUCACUGGCUUGACAGGAUUUGUGUUCUACUUCCUUGUCAUGAUAGUGUCAUCACUUGGGCUUUUGGUGAAGGCUAAAUUUUCGGUUCAUACCUACUUUGACAGUUGGAACAGGAUUUUACUUGAAGGAGUUAAUGGUGGCCUUAUGUCUUUCGUGCUAUUUUGGACAUUUUUCUAUGAUAUCGUCCACAUCUUCUGAUGAAUGGAACAAAGAGCAAAAUUUGGAAAAGGACGGACUACGGGGUUUCUCCUUUUAUGAGGCUGAGUGACUGUGGCUUUUCUCCCUGUUCACAUCUUCUAAAUGCACCAAGUCUGGAGGCUAUGUUCUUGAAACUACCUGUCAUUUUAGUUUUGUCGGUUUAAACCCUGUCAAAUUGUAGAAAGCUGCAAAAGCAUAAACUUCGAUGAUGCAUGGACUGAUGUAACAAUGACUCAUAAAGUGUUCGCAUGUAUGGUUCUCGAUUUUGAACAAUGAUCAUGUGAGAUAAUCGGCAACUGGGGCACUCAUGAGUCAUGAA